AUGAUUUCUGAGGCGUUUAUUGAGAUAAUGGGUCCAGAAGAAAAACAAUAUUAUGAUUUUGCUGAUUACGUAUUAGAUAAUUAUAUUGAAACCAAUCAUUUUUCACCAAUAUUGUGGGCAAAAGAGCCCAAUAAAAAUACAAGAACAAAAAAUGGCACAGAAAGUUACCUUAGACAUGAAUUUUAUGUUCCACAUCCUAAUAUAUUUCAUUCGAUAAGCGUGUUAAAACAACAACAGACAGUUACUGAAACCAAAUUUCGAAAAACAACGUGA